CUUUGAGCAACGUGGGGGUCUGCCGGGGCGGAUCUCCCAUGCAAAUCUCCGACCCGCCCCCAGGCCGAGGCAUGCAGACCCCGGAGAGGCAAAGCUCAGACCCCAGCGUGGUUUUUCCCGUCUGGAUCUAGCGCGGGCUCCUCGGUCCUGCGGCUUUGCGCACUUGCUCUACCCAACUGCCUCCUGUUGCUGCCUCAGUUUCCUCAGGCAUGGUGCUGCUCGCCUGGAAUACUUUUCUAAUUCUUUCCUGGCUGCCCCUUGUCGCAGGUGGAUUCCCCGAAAAUGUCAGCUCACGAGGUCGUAGGCAGCUCCUAACCAUGAAUCAACCUGGAGUCUGCCGCUAUGGCUCUAAGCUUGACUGCUGCUAUGGCUGGAAAAGGAAUAGCAAAGGGCACUGUGAAGCUACUUGUGAACACGGGUGCAAAUAUGGUGAAUGUAUGAUGCCAAACAAAUGUAAAUGCUUUCCUGGAUUCACAGGCAAAUCCUGCAGCCAAGAUAUCAACGAAUGCGGAUUGAAGCCACGUCCUUGUGAGCACAGAUGUAUGAACAUGCAUGGCAGCUACAAGUGCUAUUGUCUCAAUGGGUACAUGCUCAUGCCCGACGGAGCCUGCGCAAAUUCCAGGAGCUGCGCCAUGGUGAAUUGUCAAUACGGCUGUGAAGAAGUGAAAGAUGACGUGCGAUGCUUGUGUCCAUCGAACGGACUUCAGUUAGCGUCAAAUGGAAAAACAUGCAUAGAUAUUAAUGAGUGCUCCAGUGGGAAAGCUGUUUGCUCUUUCAACCGCAGAUGUGUCAACACAUUUGGAAGUUACUAUUGCAAGUGUCAAAUUGGAUACGAGCUGAAAUAUGUGAGUGGCCGAUAUGACUGUGUAGAUAUAAAUGAAUGUACUACAACUAUACCUAAGUGUAACAUCCAUGCAGAGUGCCUUAAUACUCAAGGAUCCUUCAAGUGCAAAUGUAAACCAGGCUACAGAGGCAAUGGAUAUGAAUGCUCUGUUAUUCAUGAAAACUAUGUGAAAGACAUUCCCAGAAUCUCUGGAGUUGCCAAAGAGAAGCUCAAGAAGCUGCUUGUGCACAAAAACAGUGUGAAAAAGCAUGGGGACAUAAAAAAUGUGAUCCCAGAACCGCCUGUGACCCCAGCUUCUAAAGUUCACAUAAGACCGUUAGACUACGAAGACGGUGUGCACACAGAAGGUGCCUAUGGUGAACAGGGGGAAAGUACUGAAGAUGUCAGAAGAGAAGGGAAAAUAGAAGAGGAAGAGGAAGUUGAGAAAGGAGGAGAAAGGGAAGACCUUGAAAACCAAACUGGUCAUGAGAAGAAACUUCGAGGAGAUGUAUUUUCUAAAGAAGCUGCUGCGUUUGGGCCUCUCCCAGCACAAAGGAAACUUCCAGUACAAAGAGCAGAGCUGGAAGUGGACUGCAGCUUUGGGCAAGGGUCUUGUGCCUGGCAGCAAGAUAUAAAUGAUGACUUUGACUGGAAUCCUGCAGAUCAUGAUAAUGGUGAUGGAUAUUACAUGAUGGUGCCGGGGUUCGUGGGUCACAAGAAGGAUGUUGGUCGUUUGAAACUUCUUCUCACUGAUCUUGAGCCAAAAAGCAUAUAUUGUCUGAUUUUUAGUUACCGACUUGCAGGAGAAAGAGUAGGGAAACUACAUGUGAUCCUAGGCAGCAGCGGUGGCAGCAGCAGUCCUUCCUGGUCACAGAGUGUGGGAGAUGAUGAGCAGUGGAGGACUGGACAAAUGGAAGUCCACACAGGGGCUGAAACAACGAUGAAUAUCGCUUUUGAGGCAGAACGUGGAAAAGGUAAAACUGGAGAAAUUGGAGUGGACAAUGUUACACUGUUUUCUGGUCUGUGUCCUGAAGACCAUUUGACAUUGGAUAUCUGAGCGUACUAUUUUAAAUACUAUUAUAUUAUUUGUUGUACCGGUCCAGAAUUUUGUAUCGUUGUGAGCUAGAUAAAGUGCAAAUCUGGAAACCAAACUUCAAUGCAGACAGAUAAACCGACAGGUAAAAAAAUGUCUCCAGUUAGAUACUACAUUUGUAUAUAAAAUAUACUAAACUUUGGUUUUUGUGUAGCUCUACUGUAUUAUAUCAGUUGUGGUCAGGGUCUUAUAUAAUGUGAAAAUAUUUUGCCUAGAUUUCCUGCAAAAAAAAAAAAAAGUGUUUUACAUAUAAUUUCUUUGAAAGAAAAUGCCUAUUGUCGUAUAUUCCCCAAGUUCUCCUACAGGAAUGUGAAACAGGAUCUUCAAAAGGAUAUGUCAUUUCUUGUAACACUUCGGACUCCUACAGUUUGCUACAGCUCUGUGGGUACCCUGGUGUACGCCUGGUGGUUGCUGCAGUAAAUAAGUAAAGCAUUAAAGAGAGAUACAUGUCUCCAAAGACACAUGGAUGUGUUGGCCAGACAGUUACCUGAUCAGUAUCUGCCCACCACACUUUCAAUGUUAACUGACGCAAACACCAAUAAUAUUUGUCUGGACUCUGGAAUCAUUUUUCUGCCUAAAUAUUACAACUGUUUGAAUUUAUUUUUUUCCUAAAAUAGAAAGUCAGCUUCUCUA